GGCGUGUAUUUACUUUUUUUUGUUUAUCUCUGCUGCUGAUCUAGGAAAGCGUUUGAUGAAAUGGAUGCCACUCAGGCGAUUAGUGACUCGAUUUUAGAGUCAGAUGAGGACGAAAACAAAGAAGAGCAUCAAAAUAAAAGAGGGAGACCACUGGCUAAACUGUGCAUCCUAAAAAACUCACAUCUCCCCGAGACAGAGUUGCCCCUCUUUUUGGGAGAUAAUGUGCUGGGCCGUGACCCCAGCGUCUGCUCACAACCACUGCUUGCCUCCUCAGUGUCCAAGCAACAUGCCACCAUUUGCAUCUCUGUUUACAGAAGAAGAGGUUGCCACACUGAAGUGGACGUGGAGGCUUUGGUUUGGGACCUAGGAAGCAUGAAUGGGACCCGUAAGGGACGGCUAAAGCUGACUCCUAAUGUCCGCUACGCCCUCAGUGAAGGCGACAGCUUGGUUUUGGCAGACAUCCCGUGUCAGUAUGUGAGCUGCAGUACACAUUCAGUCUCUUCUCAAGAUGACAUGGGAACUCCAGGGAACAGAAAUUCAAGAACAAAGACUGUGUUGCCAGAUGCUUUGGGAGACACUGACACAGUCAGUAAUAAAUGUGUCAGUGGUGGAACAGAAGCAAAGAAGACCUCCGUCAGAGGCGGUUGUCUGUCCUAUGAGCAAACACCAACCCAACCUAAGGGGAGCUUGGUCUCUGAAUCUGACUCGGACUCAGACGGAGAAAGAGGGGUGAGAGGUGACAGAAGACUGAAGACACAAGUGUCUGAUUCUGACUCCCAUAAAUUCAGUUCCAGCUCUUCGUCAUUCUUAAGUCCUCCAAACAAAAUCGUCCCUGAAAGUGAGGAUGAAAGUCCCAUCAGGCCGUCCACCUCCACCAGAUCAACCAGACAUGUCAGUUUCAGCACAGGAAACACAAACGCUGAUGUGGAGCGACAGCAUCUGGAGAAAAACACGUCACUUGCGUUUGUAGAAAACAGUGAAGAGGAAGAAGAAGGAAGCCGGCUAGAUGUGAAGCAGAAAAGUCAUGUGAGUUUUCCAGAAGAAGGUGAAUUGCUUGUGUCUACUCCAGCAGUUUCCCUGGAUGCCAUCUCUGCAUUUAACAUGGACAGUGACACGGAUGUGGAGGGAGAGGAGGGUGAAAGAAUGCCUGCUGGGUCUUUGAGCUUAAAUACCAAUCAGCAAGCUGAUCACCCACCAAACACAGUCCUGUUUCAUAUGGACAGUGAUACAGAUGCUGAGGAAGAUGAAGACAUUUCAGACUUGGCUCCUAAAACUGUGUCUAACGAAACUGCCAAACCCUCUCAUGUUGCAUCAGGUAUUCACUUUGAUGGCAUCGUUGCUGACAGUGACACUGAUGUGGAGGAGGAGGAUGCUGCUGUGUCAGAAGCUAUCCUCACAGCCAAAGCCACAUCAGUUCAGGCUGACUCUGCUUCUUCAAGAGAUUUCCACUUGGACAGUGACACAGAUGAGGAGGAAGAUGAGGCAGGAUGUAGAACAAAACACAAUUAUUCUAAAAGCAAUGAAACACUCAUCAAAUCUGAUUUAAAGCCUGACAUGGCUGAAUCUGCUGCUCCUCGUAGUCUGCUUCCAGACACCAGGGAUGAGUCUGUCUGUGCUCCUGCAGCUGGCGACCCCUCUGUGACUGCAGCUCUGACAGAACCCUGCACCUCUGCUGCAGCAGCUGAUUUAGACAUUUUGUCUGACAGUGACACAGACAUGGAGGAGCAGAAGGAUUCUCCUCUGGUUACUCCUCUAGGUGCCACAAAUGUGUCGGCAUCUUCUGAUAAAAUGUCGGGAUGUGAUGCGGACACAGAUUUGGAUGAGACCCAUGCAGGAGAUGAGGUCAAUCCAGCUGAUCUCGGAGGGAACGGUGAUGAUGUGGAGGCAAAUAUUGUUGAGAAGGACGAGGAUGAGAUCCCUCAGCUGGAGAGAGAACAUAGUUUAGGAUCUCUGGUUCCACUUCUGCAGAACUGCUCUACUCCUGUUCAGGAUUCAGCUGCUGAGGCAUCUGCUUUAAGACACAUAGUGCCGUCUUCCUGCUCAGACAGCCAGGAGGAUGAAGAUUACACUGUAGCUGAGACCCAGUCCUUUGUUCUUCAGACCAGAAAUCAGCAGGCAGGCGUGGACCCAAACUCAGUGUCGGGGCUUGAGUCCAAACCAGAAGAUUGGUCCAGCAGAGUGGACUCCUUCCAGCUGGGGUUGUCUGAUAGCAGCCACCUGCUGUGUCAGGAGAGCACCCAAGCUUUUGUGUUGGUGGAAGAAGGGGUGAACCUGGAGGAGACCCAGGCUUAUAUCUCUACAGACACAGGAAAUGACUCCAACCUGGAGGCCACGCAGGCCUUUGAGGAAAACGAGGAGCCUGAUAAAGUUCCAGAUGUUUCAGCAAAAGAAGGUUGCGUUAAUUUAGCCUUUGAAGCAACUCAGGCUUACAUUUCAGAGCCUUACGAUGAUUCAGAGAAAGAUUCAGAUGAAGAUAAGAGACAAAGCCCAGCCGUGACUGAGGCUGCAGAUCGUACAGACAACUCCUCCACGCUCGCUGUGGUUGAAACUCAACCAGUGCUGCCUUCUGAGGAAGAGGGAAGUUUGGAAACAAAUAAUUCAAUUGUUUCUGUGCAAGUUAGUCCCAAAGUACAGAAUGAAACAAAGGAAAAGAUCCUCUCUGACGCUGAUUUUAAUGUUAAAACUCAGCCCAUGUGUACGAGUGACGACAAGGAAAACGACGAUGAAGACUUAUCACCGCAGCUUGAAGAGGAGAAAACACAGCCUUAUGCUUGUUCUGCGUCAUCAUUACAUGAAACCCAGCCCGUGCAUGUCAGCGUUGCAGAAACUCAGCCAGUGGUUUUAGACGAAGACAGUGACGAGUGCUCAAUGCCGCUCUUGCGAAAAAGAAAAGCGAAGCAGCUUCAUAUUGAAGAAGAGGAGUCUCAACAGCUGAGGAAUUCUGAUGCUUGUGCUGCUGAAACUCAGCCUGUUGCUGCAAAUGACGAUGAUGAUGAUUCAGUGCCAUGCUCACGUAAACGAAAAGCAAAGCCGCUGCAGCUAGAAGAUGACACACAGUCACUGGGUAAUUCUGAAGUGUCCGCUGUUGGAUCCCAACCUUCAGCCACAUGUGAGGACAAGCAGAGCAAUGAAGAGAACUUCAGUCCCUGUCCUCAGAAGAGAAAAGCUAAGCCCCUGCAGGUGCAAGAAGAGCACACCCCGCCUCUGAUCGGUGCUCAGGUGUCUGGUAUUUCAACUCAGCCAGAGGUUGGAGGUGAAGAAGAGGAGAAUGAUAGUGAGGUCUUCGUCCUACCUCGAAAAAGAAAAGCAAAGCAGCUUCAUCUUGAAGAUGAGGAGUCACAGCAGCUCACAACUUCUGAAUUCUCUACUGCUCAAACCCAACUUACACAUGAGAAUGAAGGAGACACGACUGCAAGUCCACCAGUAGGAGAAACCCUGCAGCUUGAUGAAGAGCAGACACAACCUCUCGCUUCUGCUGAGGUUUGUGUUGAAACUCAGCUGAACGAGAGAGACGAGAAGAGCGAGGACUCAGUUCCAGGUCCACGAAGAAAAGCAGCAAAACUGGACCAUCCUGAAGAACAGGAGACCAAGUCAGCAGAAUGUUCUGCACCUCCAAAGAGACAGACAAGAAAUGAAAGUAAAGCUCUACCAAAAUCCAGAGGAAGGAGAGGAAAAGCAAGACCAGAGGAUGAUAACAGCGAGGAGGAGGUAAAGCAGACACGAGGGAGGGUUAUUACAAGGCAACGAAAAGAUGAAGAGGAAAAAGAAGCUGACGAUGGAGAACAACAAGAGGAGGUGGGGAGGCGGCGAAGGAGGGGAGAACAUCAAAAUAAAGGAAAAGCUAAAGAAGAUGAAGAAAAGCUGCAAAUGGAAGAUGCAGAAAGAGUGAAACCUCAUCCAGAGAGCGUGGGCGGCGAUAGAAUGAAGAGUGGCAAGCAAAAGGAGAAAGAGAGAUCAGAAGUGAACUUGGAGCAGAAAGUGAGAGAGAAGGAGAAAGAACAGCAAACACGUCUGGAGACAGAAAAGAAAGCUAAAGAGAAACAACUGAAGGAAGAAGGAGAGAAGCAAAAUGUCCCUGCAAGAGGUCGAAGGUCCACGAGGAAAACCACUGCAGCUGAGCUGGAGCAAAGCUCGUCCGUUUCAACGAGUGAAGACGUCCCAGCGAGGAGAACUCGAUCUCGCUCCAACUCCUCCAACUCCAUCAGCUCAGAGAGAUCUGCUUCGAGUGCCAACACCCAGGAGAGUAAAAGAGGAGGAAGAGGAGGAACGAGGAGCAGCAACACACUCCAGACGUCCAUUAGCAGAAGCAGCCGCCGGAGGGUAACGGUGGCUGCAGGCCCAAUGGAGCAGAACUCAUCCUUCAGCUCAGAGACCUCCAGCUGCAGGGGGAGCUCUCAGAACAGAGUGAGGGGGGGUCGGCAGCAAGGAAGAGGGAGGAAAACGUGUGAUUGGCACGAUGCAUCGUCUGCUGAUAUCCUGCAUAAAAAUAAUACAACAGGGUCAGACUCUCAGCUGGCCAGUACCAGUAGGGGGCAGCAGAGAGUCAAUUCUGAUGACUCAAAACUUGCAGUUUUAAAAGAGGAGGACCAGUCAAGCCUGGAAAAGAGAAUUGUGGAUGAAAAAUCACCGCUGCCUAAAAGAAAUGUCAGGGGCAGAGGUCAAAAAUCUGUACAGACUGAAAAUGUGGAGAAACUUUUAGUGCCUUCUGUCAAUGAUGGUGAUGAAGGUAGAAACACGAGAAACAGGAAGAAGAGCGAGUUGGAAACGGAUACGAACGUGGCUAUUUACAAGAUUUCCAGCGUGCCAAAACCAGCAGCAGAAGAAGAGAAGGAUGAGCCAAACAAUAAAAUCCCUGCUAUUCUCCUGGUGAGGAGGACAGGCAGAGCUUCCAGCACUCAAAUAAAGAAGAAGGGGAAAGAAUCUCUUCCCGAAGAGGAGGAGGAGGAUGGUGAAAAAAAGAAGGUGGAGGCUGCUGAGAAGAAAUCCAGAGGCCGGGCGUCCAUGGUCCAGAAAAAUAAAGAAGAGCUGAAGGAAAGUGGAACGUCUGCAUCUUCUACAAGACAGAAUGCAACGGUAGAAACAUCAAAGCCUCAAACACCAACCAGUAAUGCUUCCCGGAAGCGACAGGCCUCCUCAGACUCGUCUCCUUUGGCAAAGACUCCUCGCUCCUCUUCUGGCUCCCCAGCAGCAAGUUGUCGACUUCGAGCUGGGAGCCAAGCCUACAAGGUGCUGUUCACGGGGGUUGUGGAUGAAGAAGGGGAGCGAGUGUUGGCUCGGUUAGGAGGCAGCAUGGCUAAAGGCGUGGCGGACAUGAACUGUCUUGUGACCGAUAAAGUGAGAAGGACGGUUAAAUUCUUGUGCGCCGUGGCCAAAGGUAUCCCAGUCGUCACCACAGACUGGCUGGCAAAGAGUGGCACAGCUGGAAGCUUCCUUUCUCCUAAUGUUUUUAUUGUGAAAGAUCCAGAGCAGGAGAAUAAGUUCAGCUUUUGCCUGCAGGACUCACUGAAAACAGCCAGGAGUCAGCUUCUCUUGCAGGGAUAUAAGAUCCAUGUCACAAAGUCUGUUAAGCCGGAGCCGGUUCACAUGAAAGAAAUCAUUUGCUGCAGCGGAGCCGUCUUUCUACCAAAGAUGCCCUCGUCUCAGAAGCCUCAGACUGUAGUGAUUUCCUGCGAGGAGGACUGGCGACUGUGUGGCCCCGCCGUGUCUGCAUCCCUCCCUGUCGUCACUGCAGAGUUCAUCCUCACAGGGAUCCUGCAGCAGAAACUUGAUUUUCAGAACCACGCACUUUCUCUUGCAACUAACUCCCAACCUGCAGGGGACAGAGGACGAUCCAGGAGGAAGACUUAGCACAAUGUAUCAGUGCAGAUUAAAAUCAGAGACCAAUGGGAGCACUAGUGAGUCUGCUGUUUGU